UGUUUCUGCAAAAUAGAAAAGCAAAUCGAAAAAAAGAAAAUUCGAAAUUGAAUAAAAUGACAAUCCAGUGCAAACCAUAGAUCGACAAAAAAAAUAAUUACUAAUAAUACUCAAAACUAAAGACUUAAAACAUAAAACAACGACGACGAAAAUGCGAAAGGAUGUGCGUGCGAUUUUCUAGGGAAACAAGUGUUCUCUAGAAAAAGCAAUUGAGAUUGUGUGUGUUGUGUAUCAAGAUGAUAGCCACGCUGUUUAUCAUCUUUGCAUUUAUUCGGGCCUUUCCCUGGAGUCGAAAGCGAGGUCGACCAGCCUUGGCCUUGACUUUGAUGCCAGAGGGCGAUCAGAAUCAGGAUCAGGAUCGGAAUCAAAAGGGGGAGAACAACAAUCGGCCGAGGCCCUCUAUUUCCCUGGGAAACAACAACAGCGGCGGUGAGGGAAUGGCGCCCAGGACCCGAAGGAAAUCCUCGAAAUUCCACGAGGUCACCUUCAGUGGGAGUGUGGGCGGUGGCGACAGCGAUGGCGAUGGCGGCGAGGUCACUAAUGGCAAUGGGGCCCUGGAAGUGAGUCCCAACAAACGGCACUCCUUGAGCACCACCAGCAACUCCAGUUCGGCUCCCUAUCGCUACCUGAGUGGGAGCAGUAGAUCGCGGGGCUCCCGCGGUGAUUGCCACGAGUAUUACCAACUGCAGCAGCAAUCCUCGUCCCUAUCGAAUGGCGGAAAUCGUGCCAAUCUGGGGCUCAGCCAGCGGAGCGAUACGAUGGCCACGGAGGCGGAGUGCGAGGAGUUCGAGGAGGAUCCCAUGGACGAGGACGAUGAGGACGAGACCUACGAUCGGGAGACGGAGGAGUUCUACAGCAACAUCCAGGAUGCCGCGGGCACGGGCUCCUCUGCAAGUCGCAGCAAGCGAUCCUCGUUGUUCUCCAGAUCGGAUAGUUCCGCCACCACCACAUCCUCGAGUGGCGGAGGAACCUUUACGGGCGGAAAGAGGAGGUCGGCCGCCUCCAUUCUGUCCUCAUCGCUGUGCUCCGAUCUGAUGACCAGCGAUCGCCGCAGUUCCACGGCCACGGAAUAUAGCGUCAAGUCGGUGACCACCGCCGCCGGCGGCAACCCCACGUCGCAGCGCAGGUCGAGCGGCAGGAUCCGGAGGUAUGUGUCCCGGAUGACGAUAGCCGGGGCCAGGAGACGCACCACUGGCAGUUUCGAUGUAGAAAAUGGCCAGGGCGCUCGAUCACCGCUUGAGGGCGGCUCUCCCAGCGCCGGUUUGGUUUUACAGAAUUUGCCGCAGCGUCGCGAAUCGUUUCUAUAUCGCUCCGAUUCCGACUUUGAGAUGUCGCCCAAGUCCAUGUCCCGAAACUCAAGCAUCGCUAGCGAAAGGUUUAAAGAACAGGAAGCCUCUAUACUCGUUGACCGAUCCCAUGGCGAGGAUCUCAUUGUGACGCCUUUCGCCCAAAUUUUAGCCAGCUUACGUUCAGUGCGCAACAAUUUAUUAAGUCUGACAAAUGUUCCAGCAUCAAACAAAUCCAGGCGGCCCAACCAAUCCUCGUCGGCCUCGAGAUCGGGAAAUCCCCCGGGAGCCCCGCUUUCCCAGGGCGAGGAGGCCUACACCCGCCUGGCCACCGACACCAUCGAGGAGCUGGACUGGUGCCUCGACCAGCUGGAGACCAUCCAGACCCAUCGCAGCGUAUCCGACAUGGCCUCGCUCAAGUUCAAACGCAUGCUCAACAAGGAGCUGUCACACUUUAGCGAGUCCAGCAGAUCGGGAAAUCAGAUUUCCGAAUACAUUUGUUCCACAUUUCUGGACAAGCAGCAGGAGUUCGACUUGCCGUCGCUGCGCGUGGAGGAUAAUCCGGAGCUGGUGGCCGCCAACGCUGCCGCCGGUCAGCAGUCCGCCGGCCAGUACGCCCGCUCCCGAUCGCCCCGCGGUCCACCCAUGUCGCAGAUCAGCGGCGUGAAGCGGCCCCUUUCGCACACCAACAGCUUCACCGGCGAACGGCUGCCCACUUUCGGCGUGGAGACGCCCAGGGAGAACGAGCUGGGCACGCUCCUCGGCGAACUGGACACCUGGGGCAUCCAGAUAUUCAGCAUCGGCGAGUUCAGCGUCAACCGACCGCUCACCAGUGUGGCAUACACCAUAUUUCAGAGUAGAGAAUUACUGACCAGUCUUAUGAUACCACCGAAAACUUUUCUUAACUUUAUGACUACUCUGGAGGACCACUACGUCAAAGACAAUCCGUUUCACAAUUCGCUCCACGCGGCCGACGUGACCCAGGGCACCAAUGUGCUACUCAAUACACCGGCGCUGGAGGGCGUAUUCACACCGCUCGAGGUGGGCGGGGCUCUGUUUGCCGCUUGCAUUCACGAUGUUGAUCAUCCCGGCUUAACCAAUCAGUUCUUGGUUAACUCAAGUUCCGAACUAGCAUUAAUGUACAAUGACGAAUCUGUUUUGGAAAAUCAUCAUUUAGCUGUUGCCUUUAAAUUAUUGCAAAAUCAAGGAUGUGAUAUAUUCUGUAAUAUGCAAAAGAAACAACGCCAAACAUUGAGGAAAAUGGUUAUUGAUAUUGUGCUGUCCACGGACAUGUCCAAGCACAUGAGUUUGCUGGCCGACCUGAAGACAAUGGUGGAAACCAAGAAGGUGGCCGGUUCUGGGGUCCUGCUGCUGGACAAUUACACCGAUCGCAUACAGGUGCUCGAAAAUCUGGUGCAUUGCGCCGAUCUGAGCAAUCCCACCAAGCCGCUGCCGCUUUACAAGCGUUGGGUGGCGCUCCUCAUGGAGGAGUUCUUCCUGCAGGGCGACAAGGAGCGCGAGAACGGCAUGGACAUCAGUCCCAUGUGCGAUCGCCACAAUGCCACGAUCGAGAAGUCGCAGGUGGGCUUCAUCGACUACAUCGUCCACCCGCUGUGGGAGACCUGGGCGGACCUGGUGCACCCGGAUGCCCAGGACAUACUCGACACGCUUGAAGAGAACAGAGACUACUACCAGAGCAUGAUACCGCCCUCGCCGCCGCCGUCGGGGGUCGAUGAGAAUCCGCAGGAGGACAGGAUACGCUUUCAAGUAACCCUGGAGGAGUCCGACCAGGAGAACCUCGCCGAAUUGGAGGAAGGCGACGAGAGUGGAGGCGAGAGCACCACCACCGGAACCACCGCCGCCUCCGCGCUGGGCGGGGCUGGAGGCGGGGGCGCUGCCGGCGGGGGCGUGGCACCCAGGACGGGUGGCUGCCAAAACCAACCGCAACACGGUGGAAUGUGACGGAGAGUCGUGGGAAUUUAUCGCAAAAUACAGGAAAGGGCUCACAACUUUUUCCUAUUACGUUAGUGACUACUAUUAACACAAAAACCAAACAAAAACCAAAAACGAAAAACCACAAAAAAAACAAAGAAAAAAUUUUGGAAAAAUGCAAAAAAAAAUACCAAAAAAAAAAAAAAGUCAAGUAAAGAAAUAUUAAACAGAUGUUUAAAGCAUACAAAAACUCCAAACCGCAAUAGCAAAAGUACCGUUUAACUUAUAAAGCCCAGAGAAAAACGAGAAAAGGAAAUUAGAAAUUUACUUAUUGGAAAACAGAGAUUGAUGUUGAAUACACUAAAAAAAAGAAGGAGGAGAAGAGGUAACUAAGAGAAAUCUUACAUAUUGUUAAACACAAAAAAACUAAAUCCAAGACAAAGCAAAGAUAAUGAGAAAACCCAUUGAUAAGUAAUAUUAAGAAGAUACCAAAACUACCGCCCCUUUUAACCAAAAAAAAGAAACACCACCCAUUAUAUAGACGAUUUUUGUUGCAUGUGUAGGCAAAUGAUUUUUGUUAAAUUCAUAAAUUCAUUUGAAGUAGGACUUCAAUAGGAGGAAAACAGCUAACCCAAGUCUCCUCUUUUAAACCAUUGACUAAUGUGAAAUAAUUAACAAAGAAAACAAACGGAAAGGAAUAAUCAAUACGACUUAGCUUUAGAGAAGUUUUAAGUUUUUAAUGUUUUGCAUGCCCGAACAGAUUCAUUUUACUUGAUUGAUAAUGUUAGCUCUAACUGAUAACCGAUAACAGCAACACAUAUGGAGUUUUUAUGAUUUAGACCCCAAGAGAGAGAAGCGAAAAAAACAAAAAACAAACAUGUAAAGUGUAAGAAUCCAGUGAAUUAAACCAAAAUUGAAAGCAACCCGUAUUGAAACCAUUUAAAUCUAAAUUAAAUCCCCAAAAACCAAACCCCAAAACCCAAACAAAAAGUAAAGAAACAGUCUACAGCCAGACUGUAGUUGUAUAGUAAUAUAUAUGAUAUAAAUAUUUUUUUUUUAAUAUUAUUUGUAAAUAAUUUAAAUGUUGGACUCGAAUUUAAAUCAAGCGGCUAGCAAAUGUUGCAGCUAAACUAAAACUAAAAUGAAAACAAAGCCAAAAACACACAUUAAUAUGGAUGUAACAGAAGUGAAGAAGAAUCGGAAUGAAAGGAAAAACUAUUGUACAAUUAGCUAAAGAAUUUCCAUUUCAAUUUUCAAUUUGAAUUGCAAUUUGAUUUGCUUCCAGUGAAAGAAAGAGAAAGGAGAAAAAAAAAUAGAGAGAGAGAGAAACCGAAAAUAAUGUCAAACGCUGUCUUCGCAAAUAUUUUUCGCUAUAUAUUACUUAUAUCAUUAUUUACUAGUUACUAAGCUACUUACUGAGCCACACAAUUUAGAAACGAAAGAGACAAGUCACCCGGAAAGAGAAAGAGAGGGAGCAUUGAUGAAUUUAGUGAACAAACUUAACUGGCAAAAUACACACAAUUUACAAAACCAGCCACAAACCACCAGAAAAGACUCUUCAAGCACAAGCAAUUGUUAGUUUCCAAAUGCAAAACCAAAGCAAAGAAAAACAAA